UCCCGAGAACCUGAUGGGAUUCCUGCCUGGAACGAGCAUGCGGAACCGACUGCCUGCACCCCUGCUCCUGCUCCUCGCCUCCCUCUGGCGGGGGGCGCUGGGGGCCACCGAGCUGCGCUACCCGCCCGGCAAGAUAGCUGUUAUCGGAGCUGGUAUUGGGGGCACCUCAGCAGCCUAUUUUCUACGCCAGAAGUUUGGGAAAGAGGUACAGAUUGACGUGUUUGAGAGAGGGAUGGUAGGGGGCCGUUUGGCUACUAUAAACGUGGAAGGAAAAGACUAUGAAGCAGGAGGGGCCAUCAUCCAUCCUCUUAACCUACAUAUGAAGCAUUUCGUCAAGGAGCUAGGACUUUCUGUUCCUGAGAACCGACAUGGCCUUCUGGGCAUUUACAAUGGAGAUGAAUUUGUAUUUGAGGAGAGUAGCUGGUACAUUAUCAAUAUUCUGAAACUUCUGUGGCAUUAUGGAUUCAAUCCUCUGCGAAUGAACAUGUGGGUGGAAGACAUCUUGGACAAGUUUAUGAGUAUCUACCGCUAUCAGUCUCAUGACUACUCCUUCAGCAGCACGGAGGGCUUGCUUCAUGCACUCGGAGGGAAUGACUUUAUCCAGAUGCUGAAUCGGACCAUUGAUGAGACUAUGCAGAAGGCUGGCUUCUCCCAGAAGUUUAUCUAUGAGGUGGUUACUCCAAUCAUGAGAAUCAAUUACGGCCAAGGUGCCAACAUUAAUGGGUUUGUAGGCGCGGUGUCUUUGGCAGGUGCUGACUCUGGACUUUGGUCAGUAAAAGGUGGCAACAAACUUGUCUGCACUGGCCUUCUUUAUGCUUCCAAAGCACAACUUAUCUCUGGCACAGUUAUCUCUAUAGAGGAGAGAACGCGGCCCAAACGCACAGGAAGUACGGUUAAGCUGUAUGAAGUGAGCUACAACUCUGCAUCAGGGUCAGCUACAGACAUGUACGAUAUAGUUCUUAUUGCUACACCACUGAAUCGUAAAAUGUCCAACAUCACCUUCUGGAACUUUAACCCGCCUCUUGCACAGUUCUCAGACCAUUACCAUCAGAUGGUGGCAACUUUUGUUCACGGGCGCAUAAACGCAUCCUUCUUCGGCUACAAGGACCCAUCCCGCUUUCAUUUAGCCGACAUUGUCACAACAGAAAAUCCCAAUCUAUUUAUCAACAGCAUAGGUGUUGUGUCUCCUGUCCAAAACACACACGAGGAAGUGAAGCAACCCAUGGGACCUGCCGUUUGGAAAGUGUUCUCGAAAGAACCUCUCACCAAGGAGCAGAUGAAUUUGCUUUUCUCAUCCUACGACUCUGUGAAAGAGAAGAAGUGGCUGGCUUACCCACACUACAGUCUCCCGAAGAAAUGCCCACCUAUAAUCCUGCAUGAUAGAAUAUACUACCUUAAUGGCAUAGAAUGGGCGGCAAGUGCCAUGGAAAUGAGCGCAGUUGCCGCCAAAAAUGCAGCCCUCCUUUCUUACCAUCGCUGGUAUGGAAACGUGGACAUGAUUGACCAGGAGGACUUAAAUGAGAAACUCAAAACAGAGCUGUGAGUUUUACCCAGGUAUGAGCGGCAAAUCCCUGUGGCUGAUGAGUCUAGAUUGCCCAGUGAGGGCCAGAGGAAAUUGAUCAUGGUAUUGAUCAAAUGCUACAUCUUUCUGGCCCACCUUACUGUUAAAAAUGAAUAUAUGGCAAUAUUUUCCCCUCUAACCUGAUACAGUAAUCACAAGUGUUACCUAUUACAAUAGUGAAGGUGGAAAAAUUCCAGAGAGGUGUAGGAUUUUUAAAUUGCUCCUUCUCCUAUGUAUUCUGACCCCAGCUCAGGAAAGCACUUAAGCAUGUGCUAAAGCCCAUCCCUAUUCAAGAUAAGCACUUAAGCAAGUAUUUAAAGUUAAGCAUGUGCUUAAGUGCAGUCCUGAAUAGGGAUACGUUCCUGGAUCAGGACCCGUUUAUGUACAAUCACCUAGGCCCCGAUCUUGUUGACACGUAAGCAUGUGGUUAAGUAUUUGCAGGAAAAGGCCUUAGUGUCUCCUGUGGUGUGACAGAAACUCUUAAAUAUAGGAAAAAGGCAGAGGGAUAUGGAGCCAGGUGUAACAUAUUAAAGUAAUGUUAUUUUAAAAAUUGACAAAAUCAAAUUCUGAAACUAGCCUGUAAGAGGCUGUCUGGUCCCAUGUUAUUGGCUCACUUCAUUUCCAACUGCUAACCUUUAAGUCCAGUACAAAUUAAUUCCAUGGUUUCCUAAUAUAGUAUCAGCUUUCCUUAAGCAAUUGCUUUUGUUGCCACAGGGGUCUUAUGUGAGUAGAAAGAGGCAAUGCUCUACCAUCUGAAAAGGUUUUGAGAGCCCUUUUACUAGAUGAGACUUUGCUUCUUUUAAGGAAAAUAAUUUUAAAUUGGUUUUAAAGGGGUUUUCUGUAUUUAGUUUUAAAGUGUGGCGCAGUCUGGGUGCAUGUUCUGUAAUAUUGAUUUUUUUUCCCCCCCGUUCUUCUUCUAGCUUUAUUGUAAUCUUAGAAGCCAAAUCUGUAAAACAAAUAAAAGGAAGUUCUUCUUCACACAGCCAACCUGUGGAACUCCUUGCCUCAGGAGGUUGUGAAGGCUAGGACUAUAACAGGGUUUAAAAGAGAACUAGAUACAUUCAUGGAGGUUAAGUCCAUUAAUGGCUAUUAGCCAGGAUGGGUAAGGAAUGGUGUCCCUAGCCUCUGAUUGUCAGAGGGUGGAGAUGGAUGGCAGGAGAGAGAUCACUUGAUCAUUGCCUGUUAGGUUCACUCCCUCUGGGGCACCUGGCAUUGGCCACUAUCGGUAGACAGGAUACUAGGCUGGCUGGACCUUUGGUCUGACCCAGUAUGGCUGUUCUUAUGUUCUAGUGUUAGGUUCUACAGUAGAGAACCUGAAUAUAAUUUCGAUAACAGUGAAUGUGGCUUCUUCCCAGCUGAAGUUAAUAUACAGCUUUGAAAAAGGCCCUAAGUCAUGGGCUCACCAGGAACUGCAAUUGUAUUUUUUAAAGUUUGGUUAUUCAUACAUUGUCAAAAAAAAGGUAAGAUUCCAAUCUCCGUACAGAGUACUUGUCUGACAUGGCAUGUAUUAACAGUACUGUAAUUUAUUUUAAAGCAUGCUUUUCAGGUGAGUGAAUACAGGGGGGAUUUAACAGGAGAGAAUUUUUUUUUGUAUAGAGGGCUACAGUAGCAGCAUGGAGAUGGUGUGAGUGCUACACAUGAUGAUAAACACAUUAAUGCAACAGAAUUCUAACUAGUCACAGUGGUUGAGACACACCAGAAAUGUUAUGAAAGUCAGCAGUCAAUAAAAUCAAAGCCAUGCCAGCUAUGCAGUAAAAAGGGAGAUCCAAAUAAUUUUGGGAUUUUAUUUUGUAAAUUGGGGGAGGGGUUGAGGGGGGGCUCUUGUUUCUUUUGAUUGCACACCUUGUGUAAAUUCUGUUGCUUGUAGGACAUAGGGCACUAAGGCCAUAUUUUUACAAGUGAGGUGUAGCAGUGUUGGGACUCACCACUCAGAGCCUCUUGCUGGUCACCCUCGGGAAUUAGCUCAGUCCAGUGGAGCGCCCUCUCCUGGUGGUGUCACAUCCGUUGUCUCACCCUCAAUUGGUGUGUGGACCCGCAUUGCUCCCAACUUGCAGCAUCCUCUUUGAGCCACUGCCCUCCGGCAGUGCCCCUUAGUCCCUCCUCGCCCCAUUCCGGGGUGUGUGACACACACACACACACACAAAAUCAGCUGUCCCUCUGCACCCCCAAAGUCACACCCCUCUUGGCAGGGGGUUGGGGCAGCCCAAGACAGACACUCCCGUCAGCCAGGUGUAAGGCAAGGAGGAUGAGGGGGACCCAGGCCCACCCACUACUCUAGGUCCCAACCCAGGGACCCUCUAGUGGCAUCCAUCCUGCCCUCCUUCUCUCCCUCCAUCUGUUCACGUCCCUAGGCCACUUCCCCUUUGGCCCCCUUGCAUAGGCCAGGCCCUUCCCCUCUAGAAGGUCUGGGACAGACUGACUGCUUGCUCCCUGAGCAGCCUUUCUAUAGGGCUGAGCCAGGCCCUGAUUGGCUAUUCCCCUGCGCAGGCCCACUGGCCUGCUGCAGCCCAGUCUAACAUGAGGGUGGGGCAGAUGCCCCACUGCAUGAGGCUAAUUUAACUGUGUUAAUUCUCAAUAGCUUUACAGCUUACACAGACUGAUCAAGCACAGUAAAUCUAACAUAUCUUAACUAAAUCUUAUUUGCUUUAAAUACCAGAGCUCCAGAGAGGUUAUGAAAUGUUUGCAGAAAUACAUGGUUGUCAGUGGUCAGUUUUUUUAAAAAUUAGUGAGCUGAAUUCCUACACAUAGUUUAAAGAGUGAUACUCAAUACUCAGCAUACAUUUUUAUGGUUUUUUACUUGUAGCUCUACCUGCUGUCUAAUUUCAACAGAAAUUCAAGGUACCUAAAGAAGCACUGUUAAUUUUGGGUUGGGGGGGAAGAAUCACAUUUGAUUGAAACUUUAUCAGCUAUAAAAGCUAAGGUGACUAAAUAAAAUAUUUUGUUUUCAGUUUUACUUUGUGAUUUAAUAGUAUUUCACCUAUCCCCAGGCAAUGUCUUGCUGAAUAGACAUCAGCAAGGAAACAGAAGCCCUCCUCCUCCUUCUCUUUUUAAAGGAAUCUUUUCGAGGUGCUUAUCAAAAGGGAAUUUUGUUUAAAAAAAAUUGAUAAUGUUUUUAAUUCAGGGCUAUGUUAGUUUGUAAAAUUAAAGCUUUAUGGAAAUAC